CACUCGACAGAAUAAUGGCGGCACCAAAAGCGGUUACGAAUGCCCAGAAGAGAGAGACUACUAUCCCUAUUGGUACCAUUCCCCUUGGAAGGACAUCGUCGUCAUGACUAAUAACGUUGAACGCUGCGACUAUUACCAAAAAGAGAGCAACAACGUGAAGUCCAGGUGGGGGUGUGUCGUCGACAGAAACAAGCUGAAUCGAUUUUAUCGCUGGCCUCUUUUUAUCAUUCCAGACAACAAAGAGGAUUGUGAGAAUUUCGAAAUAUUCAGACAGCCGGUAAGUGCAAAUUGGACUGAAUUUCCCGCUCACGACAUUCCGCCGCCAAAGUGUAUCAAGGCCCCCUGGUCACGUGACAACCACAACGGCAACGGGAUUGGAGGAAAUUUCAAUACAUACGAUUGGGUAAUCCCGGAGGGUAUUGCUCAUGAGAAAUGCGUCUUACGGAUGAGAUACAACAUUUCUACCAACGAUUACGAAUCUUGGAACACAGACGCGUCUUCCAACACUGAUAGCGACACAGACGGUUCCAAAAUUGACCUUUCAAAGACCUUCAAACUUCCCAACAAGGAAACUGCUGAAGCACGCGGCUAUGUCUUCAAGAAUAACCCGGAUGUUCAGAUGUUUCCGGGCCUCGAUGUGAAGCUUACAUUGGCCAUCAACACGGCUCAGUUUGGACGGACUUUCCAGGACAGGUCUCAUGUGUUUGAAAUUAGGCAGAGACCCGCCGAGCUGAAAGAUGUCACCAUCCACAAUUUGAACGUGAGAGGAAAACGCGGGAACAACCAACAGGUGUACCCAGCAGUGGAGUACGACUUUGUCCCCAACACCUUGGAAAUAAACACAAACGACUACGUUCAUAUUCAAUGGACAGGGUCGGAUAGAAAUCCCCACAACAACGCCGGAAAUGGCCGAAGGGGCACUGACCGUAACAACAUGGUCGUGCUUAAGAACAAGGUCUACCCAGAAGGAACGCCCGGUCUGGCUUACGGUGGACUGGAUGUCCUUGGCCAGUAUGGAGCUAACUAUCCCAUGCACUUGGAUAACGUGACACGUCUGAUCGGGGCAUCGACAGAAACGAGAGCUGUCCUCCAGAAGAUGGCGCUGUUGGCACCCCCCCGAUACGGUGGUCACAUGUUUCUGUUGGACAAUGCCAAAGCCUACUAUGACGUAGGUCCUCUUCAGUUUGCUAAGGAGGGCGUGUUCCACUAUAUGUGUACCAGAAAUAACGCCUUCACCAACAGAAGCCAGAAGGGGAGAAUCAUCGUUCGUGACGCUUCAUCAAAAUAG